AUGCUUACUAUCGUCAAUUCUAUUCCAAAUCAAACUCUAGCAUGCCAUGAAGAAGAAGAUCCAUUAAUACAUAAUUUACCAUCAAUCAAGGAACUAACAAUUAUUCCUGAUCCCUCAAAACCUCACAAAAUUGGCUCGUUCAAAGGCAAUGUAAAAACCAAAAAACCAAUCGAUGCUACUGCAUACUUUUUGGGUUAUGUCAUUGGUUCAAAUGGGAAAGUCUUAACUUUCGCUGGUAAUAAUAUUUGUACUGAUGGAGUAACUAAAUGUCCGACUAAAGAAUAUAAACUUAAUCAGGAAAUUGAUAUAAGUAAUUUACCUAAAAAUUCCAAAAAUUCCACAAUUGUAGCUAUGAUUUUUAAUUCUAAAAAAACUUUAGCUGCUGGAGUCUCUUCUAAUUGCACAUUCUCUAAAUCAAUAAGUAAAGAACUUAAUACUAUAUUUAAAGGUCUUUUAACUGUAACCAACUAA